GAAAUAUUAGUAUAUCCGUUCUUUCCAAGAUGGCUUCCUUGGCAAGGACACCACGACUUCUGAAUGAAAUGAAGAGGGUGAUAGUUUCACCUAGACAAUUUUCGAUAGCGUCUCGAGUGCUGAAAGACAAAACAAGUGACCAAGGUCCAAACACUGAUGUGAUGACACAUACAGGACAGAGUUGGGAACUUGAGGAUCACAGAAGAAUACGUUUCCAUGGAAAAGAUAAACUGGUAAACAGAAACUUUGCCCAAGAUUUGGUGGCUGCAGAACCUGUUGUAGUUGUAAAAGAUAGGCAGGUGAUGAGUAACAGUGGUGGGGCUUUAGGUCAUCCCCGAGUCUACAUCAACCUGGAUGCAGAUAAAGUGUCUGUUUGUGGUUAUUCUGGGCGGAAAUUUGUACAGCAGAAAUAUUAUGAUGUAAAGAAGCACGGACCUAGCAUUAAUUAUGAUGAAUACAUGAAGGAAAUCACAGCUCCUGACUUUUGUGGAUGAUUAAACUGCCGUUUAGACAAAAGAACGGAAUAAAUGUAUCAUCCAAGUGUAUGUAUGAUUUUGUAAAUACUGACAGUAUGUUGUGAAUAAAAAUUGACAUUAUGUAAAAAAACA